GUUGCCUGCGACCACUAUGGCCACCCUGCUUUAACUACACUGUUUAUUUCUCGCUCUUGUUUUCGGAAUCUGAAUCUGAAUCUGAGUGCACUCUGGCCGACCCUACAAACCGGCCUGCGCAGGCAAAACUGUGGUGAAGCUCGUGCGUGUGGUAGGCCCAUUAGGGUUAAAAUUAGCCAGUCCUGCUGUUUAUCCAUGGUUGAAUUGAACACCAUAGAUCAUAGAGUUUAUUACACCAAUGCAGACAGAAGUGAAAGAAAGUGUCAAUGGAGGUCAUGCAUUUAUAUGCAUUUUACAACAGAUAAUUUGUUGAAAAGUCAAAGUAAUCACAAAAAGUCUGAUGAUUUAUUACAUUGUAAUGUGCAUAUGUGAUCAGGAUUUCAAUCCGAAUACGUAGUAAUGGCAGACCAGUUUUGUUUACGUUGGAACAAUUUUCAAACAAACAUCGUUAGUGCAUUGGAUUCUCUCAAAUGUUCGGAAGAUUUGGUGGAUGUUACUCUCACUUGUGAAGGCAAAAACAUCAAGGCCCACAAAGUCAUACUGUCCGCAUGCAGUCCGUACUUCAGGAAUGUGUUCAAGGAAAAUCCUUGUCAGCAUCCAGUCAUUAUAUUGAAAGAUGUGUCUGCUGAUGACAUAGUUAGCCUGUUGUCUUACAUGUAUCAAGGAGAAGUGUUCAUAGAGGAAAGCAAGCUAUCUUCCUUUUUGCACACUGCUGCACUGUUGCAAGUAAAAGGUCUAACUGGUGUAACACAACAGAAGGAGAAUUAUUCUUCUCCCAACACUUCUAACAAACUUUAUACACAAUUAACAAUUUCAUCAAAAUCAUCAUUUGGUGCUAAUCAUAAGGAGACAAAGUUACCUGCCUUGAAAAAAAGAAGGAGUAGUACAUCAGACAAACCCAAUGAUGUUACUAUUGGUGAAUGUCAUAAAAAAAGUAGAGUUCUAGAUACAUGUGAUAUUUAUAAUAAAAGAGACUUGUCCCAGUUAACUAAAUCAGAUAAUACUGUAUUUGCUCAUGAUAACAAUUUGGAGAAAAAUCUAGAUGGCAAGAAUGAGCCAACUACAGUGACAACAAAUGGAAAACCAUUGAUACAUUCACAGUCAAAUUCACACGGAGAAAACAUUCCAGUGAUAAUAAAAGCAGAACAUAUUGAUGAUGACAAUUCACCAGAAUCUGCAAAAAAUGACAACAUUGAAAAUGAUGAGGGUCUUCCAGAUUAUGAAAACAGCAUGUUAGCUAGAUCUUUGCUAUCUGGUAUAAACCCUUCCAAGAGUGAUGUGAGUGCUAACAGUGCAAAAAAAGUGGUGAAUGUAGAAAUUCACACUAUAAGACCAAAAGAAGUAACUAAUGAGUCAAUUAGUUAUACUAAUGCUGUGUCAAAAAGUCCAUUAAAGACAGCUGAGGAGCUGCUAGUGAAACCUGAAAAGCAGUCACCUAAGUCAGAAACUGAGUAUGAGCCCGAAGUUUUAUUGUCUGAACAUAGUGAUGGAAUGGAGUCAGAGAACACUUAUUCACAAGAACAAUCCCAAGCACUGCUGCUCUUGGCAGGCAUGUCUACAGUUCCUGUUUUGGGUACAGGUGCUUCAACAUCUCAAGCUAUCGCUCACCAACAAUCAAAUCAUGCAGCCAUCUGUGGAGACUGUCCGCAUUGUGGAAUGAAAUAUUCCAAUCAGUCUGCUCUUAAGUACCAUGUAAGGUUGAUGCACUCAGACUUGACUAACAGAUUAUGUUGCUAUCUGUGUCCAAGGUCAUUUACAAUGCGAGAGACUUUCAAAGAGCAUAUGUGGACAAGUCAUGGUCAAAGAAAUUAAUUGGAUAGACUGUAUGCUAUUAUGAUGUGCCUUAAAUUGUUAUUGCCAUUUGGCAACUGGGGUGAUAGAUAUACUUAUGUGCCUUUUAAUGGAAUAAUGCCUUGUUACAUUUCUACAAAUAGGAAAAUAUGCAAAAAUAUUUAUAAAAUAAAGCUACAAUUUUGUAACAGAAAUAAUUGAGCUUUAAUAAUAUACAUAUAUAUGCAAUUGCAUUGUGAUAUUGGUUUAGGUUAUUGUUACUAGACAAGAACAUGUUUCCCCCCAAAAUUAUUCUAUUUAUUCUUUGUUGAUGCUAUAAAGCAUGUCUAAUGACUUGCUUAGUUAUUUUUUAUGAUAAGAAUAGUUACAUAUUUUAUAACUAAUGGAUAUAUUGAGAGGUGCGAGUUUUACAUUUGGAACUUAACUGGACUGGUGCUAGUGGGUUAAUAAUAAAUUAAAAAAAAGAACUGACAGCUUAGAAAUAUCUGCAAGUGUGAGUUAUUAUUAGACAGAACUUAGUUUUUAUCAAAAUAUCUGUCUACAUCAAAUCAGUUGUAUUAGAUUUUAUCAUGUCAAUAUUUUAAGUAUUUUAAAAUUGAACAAGGUAUAUGAAUUUUGUUAGUAAUGUAGUAUAUAGGAUUUGAAGCUCUGCAAACCAGCAAGGGAAAUAUGUUGCGUGAAGGAUGGAAGGAUUUGACUGGAUUUAAUGUGUAUUCUUAAAUCCUCUUCAUAUAAGGAUAUUUAAAAGUAUCUACAGAUUAUAUAAUGUUUAUAAAAAAUAUUUAGCCAGAAAAAUACUGUUUACUUAUGAACUUGGAGUGUGUUUUACUGAAUGAAAUGAUGUUUAAUAUGAUUUUUAUAGUUUAAUUUUCUUAAAUUUAAAUAUAUUAUAUUUCGUUUGGUGAAUAGUGCCAAAAUGUUAUAAAUAAGUUAUUGAAUUAUUAGAAUUUUAAGAGUUAGAUAUGUUACCAACUUAGUUAAUUAGGAUUUGAAAAGAUUUUUACAAAGUUAAAUAUUUUGAAUUCAUAGGUAGUCUAAAAUUAUAUGAAGCCUACAUAUUAUUUUGAAACAUGCCUUCCUAUUGAAUGAUAUAAAAAUAUAGAGAGAUCAUUAUUUUUAAAUGUUGGAUAGGUGUAAUUAUAUUAUAUAGAUUUAUUUAAUUGAUAUUUUAAUAGUUAUUUUCACUAUUUUAGUGAUUUAUGUUACUGUAAAAUUGUUAAUCUGUUUAUUCAGAAUUUUACAAGAUUUACAUUUUAAAUUAUGUUAUGAAUAAACAUUUAAGCUUCA